AUGGCUCCGAAGAAAGAUGAGAAAAAGGAAGAAGCUUCAAUACCGGCUGUAGUUCUACUGGAUAGUUUCGAUGAGCGGAUGUAUCCUUGUUCUAGAGAAUUGGGAUCUUGGUGCUUACAAAAGAUUUGCAAUUCACGUCUGAUUGAUUAUACUUUAUCUUGGAUAUUGAGGACCGAUGUUAAGAGAGUAAUACUGCUAAUAAGUGAGAAGAAUAUGGAAGCUGGACAGGACGUAGAGAAACAAUGGCAAUCAUUAUUCGAUUCUAUAACUUUAGUUUGGUGUAAAAAUGCUAUGAGCAUUGGAGAUUGCCUUCGAGAAUUAGAAAGUAGAGCUCUUGUUAAUGGCGACUUUCUUCUUGUUUCUAAUCCGGGUGUUCUGACUUCUUCCACUCUCUCAAAUGAAAUUAUGAAUUUCAAAAAGCGGAGACAAGAAGAUAAGAAUAACGUUAUGACUCAAAUUUACUCGAAUGCCAUCACGCCUAGUAAAACUGUAAUAGGUGUUCAUAGUGAAUCUAAAAGACUCCGACUGUUUCAUUGUGAUGAGGAAUCAGAAACUUUAGAUAUUGAUAAAGUACAUUUCCUUGAAGAUGUUGUUGUACGUCGUGAUAUAACUUUCACUGGGAUAUCUAUAUGUUCAUUGAAUAUUUUAGCUCAAUUCAGUGAUAACUUCGAUUUCCAAGAAAUCGAUGAUGUGAUAAGAGAGUUGUUAGUUAAUGAAGAAUUGUUACUUCAAAAAAUUCAUAUCGAAAUUCUGGAAAACAAUGAAGCUGGUUUUAUGAUAAGAGAUUAUACUGAUUUAUUGUUGGCUAGCACAAUGCUACAGGAGAAUUGGUUCUUCCCGCUAACAUCGCGAGAUUUGAUUACUGAUGUUGCUCGUUACAUGGAUGAUAACAACGAAAACAGAGGAGGUUUCAAGCCAUCCAAAUACUUACCAUCCAACGUUAUUCUCGGUCCAAAAACUGAAGUGGGCAGCUCUUCUCUCUUGUCUAAUGCUGUCAUCGAACGAUCCACUGUGAUAGGAAAUGAUUGUGUUAUUGAAAAUGCUAUAAUUGGCAAAAACUGUACGAUCAAAGAUGGAGUAAAAAUUCGAGAAGCUAUAAUUGGUGACAAUGUAGUUAUUGAGGCUAACAUAUGCUUACCGAUGAAAUGCAUAGCUCUUGGAGGACGGAUAACUAAUGUCACCGAUAUAUCUUCAGUAGGAGUUCUUUCCUUGCAAAAGCCCGAUGAAGAUUGUGACGAAACAAUCCGCGUUGUUGAUAGAAAUGGACAGUAUUUGUGGUUCCUAAAGAAUGGUACAUCUUUCUGGGGUACUAAGAAUAGAAGAAGAACACUGUCCGUAUUAUCGGAAACAAAUUUAACAGAGAGAGAUGAGGCAUCUGAUGACGAUGAAGAAGAAGAAGAUGAAGUUGAGCUUGAUGGACAGUUCCUCGUUGAGGUUGUGGAGAGUAUGGAGAGAAUUCAGCAGUUGCAAAACAGUGAGAGACAUAUGAGUAAUCUUAUUUUGGAAAUCAAUUCUUCAAAACUUGCCUACAACAUAUCAAUGGAAGAUGUUGCUAAAAAUGUGUUUUAUGCUUUCUUAGGACUACCAGGUAACGAAACGAUUGUUGGGAUUAAAGCGUUGGCUACCAAAUGGAAAGCUCUGUUUCAAAAUUAUUAUGACCCUAUCAAAAAUCAAAUUCAAUUACUGUUAGCGAUUGAGGAACGUUUUAAAGAGCAUGAAACUUUUAGAAAUAAAGUUGCUAAGCUUGUUCAUAUACUUUAUAAUGACUUGGACAUUUUGGAAGAGGAAGCUAUAUUGGAAUGGGCCAACUCUAUGCCUCAAGACUCAGAGUUAAGAACAGUUAUGAAACCUAUAGUUGAUUGGUUACAAGAAGAUGAGGAUGAAGACGACGACGACGAAGAAGAAGAAGACUGA